AUGGGCACUUCAGCCUACGUCGCAAUCGCCUUCUUACCCCUCAUAAUCCUCCUCGCGCCGUACUACAUCGAGCCAUACCAACUAUGGGACCCCAUAGCCCUCAACGAUAAAGUGGAAGGGCAGAGACAGACCAAAUGGUGUAAUAUGGGAUGGUGGGAGGACACCAACUCUUUCCCUUUGGCUGCUAGUGCCCUCGCUCAGAAAUUGAUAGAUUUCGCUGUAGAGGGUGGGUAUGCAGGUGGAGGCAAUGUCCUAGAUAUAGGACACGGUGCAGGUGAAUCGUUAUUAUUACAUCUCAAUUCAUCGGCUCCACCCAGCCACCUCCACGGCUUGACAUCCCUUUCAUCCGACACCAGAUAUGCUCAAAGCCUCUUAGACCGAUACACUCCUGAAAAAGCUAUAUCAACCAAUAUCGAGCUAUACACCGCCUCAGCUCAAUUUAACCCUACAAAAGACCUCAACCAUCCUCUGAAUGGUAUGAAGGGGUUUAUGGGCGAAAAGAAACGAGAUCUAGCUUAUUCUGAUGAUGAUGAUCUACUCGAUGAGACGGACCUCGACCUAAUUCAAGCCCAAAGUCAAGGUCAAUUGACAUUAAGUGAUGAAGCACCUCCGCCAUACGAUCUGAUUUAUAUAUUAGAUUCGAUAUAUCAUUAUCCACCUUCCCUUAUACCCUUCCUUCAAACGCUCAAACCUGUCUUGAGGAAAGAUAAAGGUAUAGUGGUUUAUACAGAUAUACUUCCUCCUCCAAAGGGGCUGUCGAGGUGGAAGUCUUGGUUUGUAUCUUACAUCUUAUCCGUCCCACUACCCAAUCUUGCUGAUCGUCCUGCGAGCUUGGAGGAGUAUAAAGGGUUGUUGGAGAAAGAAGGAUGGAAAGAUGUGGCAAUCAAAGAUUGGAGCAAGGGAGUCUGGGAAGGAUUCUCAAAGAAUCUCGUAGGUAGAGGUGGAAGAUGGGAGAAAGUGGGAAGGGCGGUCGAAAGAGUUGAAAAGCAAGGUUGGAGAUUUGUAGCUGUCAGAGCGAAGAAGGUACGAUAA